UGAAAAUGCAGUUCUAAAACUUUGUGUUUAUCACUUUCACCUCUUGCUUACUUUAGAGUAUUAGUUAAUUCCACCGAGAUUUUUAGAUCUGGAUCAGAAGUUUUAACCUCUUAUCAUAUUAUGAAUGAAAAAAUAGCUUAAUUUCCUAGGAUUUCCUUGUAGCAUAAUCCCCUAUGUGCAAUUGUGAUCUACUGAUCAACUGGUUACAGAUGCUACAGUAGAUAUGGUGCUUGAGAAUGGGCCUUUAUCAGAAGAGAUGUUGACAAACUUGUUCAAAUAGGGAAUAUUUUGAUGGAGAAAGCACACUGAGAUGAUAGCCUGGUAGAUACAGCAUUUGCUAUGCAAUAGACACCAGUGUUUCAAUUAAGUGCUGAAUUCUUAGAUAAUGAGUCAAUAACAGAAGAUAACUGAUAAGUUUUAGGUAGAUCUCAAAUUGUAUACAAAUGAGGUGAUGAUUAAGAGUUUUUCUUGUAGCUCUAGAUAAAAGGUUAAAUCUUCAUUUGGAAGUCAGCUGUUCUUCAACCAUGAAACAAAGUACACUGGUCAUUGAUUCAAAUAACUUGAGGUAAAGCUGCCUUGGUCAAAUCUUGGAUCCUAGGCCUGAUACAAGUCAAACACUCUGGAAGAACAUCCAUAAAUACCUACAAUGUCACUUGUUUUCUGAUUUUUGGUUUCUUUUUUCUGAACUUCCUCUGAUACUGCUCCCCUGCCCCAGUUAGCAGUAUGCUGUGGCGUUUUCUGUCACUCCUGUCAAAACUGUCCCAUGGUUCCUGUGCUUCUUUGCCUGCAACACAUGGACUCCUUGGAAUAAUCCAGAGACCUGCACUGCCUAGAGGACUAAGCUUGUCUGUUGUUGUAGAAGUUCUUUGUACCAGGGAAGCAGAGUCAACGCCUCAAACCAUACUUGUAUAAGUUACUCUGUGCUCUUGGCUGCUUGAACAGUAACUGAGAAUGAGGAUGAUGCCAGUCAUCUUCUGCUGUAUUAUGUCAUGUUUUCAGUCUCCUUCAGCCAUGGAUGUGCCCCAUCACAGGGACAGUGAGACAGCAGACUGCCUGGAAGUGAUCUCAGACCUUUCCUAUGGGGUCCUGUUGUCCUGUGCUUACCCCAUCAGUGGCCAACAUCUGGUCCUUGCAGCUGGAGAACAUGAAUGCUUAAACUCUGUUUUCUGAAGCGGUAGCUGUUUAAGAAGAGAUGACGUCUUUUGAAAGAGGUUUCCUCUACGCUCAGAACAGUACCAAACGCAGCAUUAAAGAGCGACUUAUGAAGCUCUUGCCCUGCUCGGCUGCCAAAACGACAUCUCCUGUUACUCAAAACACUGUAGAAGAUGAAAUGGAAAUGGCCACAGUACGACAUAGACCUGAAGCUCUUGAACUGCUGGAAGCACAGAGUAAAUUCACAAAGAAGGAACUUCAGAUCCUAUAUAGAGGUUUCAAAAACGAAUGCCCCAGUGGUGUUGUCAAUGAAGAAACUUUCAAAGAGAUUUACUCUCAGUUCUUCCCACAGGGAGAUUCCACAAAUUAUGCACAUUUUCUGUUUAAUGCAUUUGACACUGAUCACAAUGGAUCUGUAAGUUUUGAGGAUUUUGUGAUGGGUCUCUCAAUUUUACUCCGAGGGACAGUACAAGAGAAACUGAAUUGGGCUUUCAAUUUGUAUGAUAUAAAUAAGGAUGGCUAUAUAACUAAAGAGGAAAUGCUUGAUAUCAUGAAAGCAAUAUAUGACAUGAUGGGGAAAUGCACCUAUCCUGUUCUCAAGGAGGAUGCACCUAGACAACACGUGGAAACAUUUUUCCAGAAAAUGGACAAAAACAAAGAUGGAGUAGUUACCAUAGAUGAAUUCAUAGAGAGCUGCCAGAAAGAUGAAAAUAUAAUGCGAUCCAUGCAGCUCUUUGAAAAUGUGAUUUAAUGAAGACAUUAGGCCUACUCCUAAUGGACAAAUAUGAGCUAUUCUGCAACAUUAUCUAAAAGAUGGAUUUCCCACUUUAUCAUAAAUAAAAUUUCUCAGCAGUACACUGAGGCAUGUA